GCCAUACUUAAAAAAAAGAAAUUCAAAUCGUCCGAUUGAUCGGACAUCUAGCAGCUAUGCAGAAAAUCAUUUUAAUAGAAGGCAUGUUGCAAGAGAUUCUUAGUAAAUUGAGCAUCAACGACAGCUGCGCUUCAAGUAUUUUUUUUACAAAGUUUCUCAGUCUUUUAUCGCAGAUAACGUAAAAGACGUUAUCUCAGGCGUAAUUCGCAUCGAUGAAACUGUGUUCCUUUCCUUUACGCUGUUUGCAGCGUUAUUUUUCGACGGAAUCGCAGCAUGGCCUGAAUACGAUCAAGUCCGAACUUUUGAAGCCAGAAGUGGUGCUCAGCGAGAAAAGCCGCAAGUCGUUCAUUGAGAAGUUCAAGGCUAGUAAAAUACCAAAAGUGGAUGAUAAUGGGAAUCAAGCGGCUGUUUUAGUGCCAUUAUGCAUGCACAAAGGAGAAUUGGGUUUCUUGUAUACCUUAAGAUCUACCAAGGUAACCUCGAACCGUCGCCAAGUCUCGUUUCCCGGUGGAAUGUACGACAAAGAGGAUCGUACGCUGGAAGAGACUGCAUUGCGUGAAACGUGGGAGGAACUUAAAAUUCCAAGGGAGAAAAUCGACGUUUGGGUGUCCGGUAACGUGAUCGAUAAAAUGAACGUCAAGGUGUUACCUGUUUUCGGUUACAUCGGCGAUGUCGAUCCGAAAAAACUUCAAAUAAAUGCGGACGAAGUAGAGGAAGCUUUCUUCUUCAGCCUAAAAAAUCUCUGCGAUCUUUCGAUGUGCCGUUUCACUCAGUUCCGCAACAAUUACACUUUGCCUGUAUAUUUAGGUGGGAAACAUCGCGUUUGGGGUUUCACUGCCGCUGUAACACAUGUGGUUUUAAACGCUCUUAUACCUGAUGCUUAUAAACACAAACUCAAUUAUGUACCGCCAAUCUUGCCAAAAGAGAAGAGAUAAGAAUAUUUGUUAAUCUGUAUUUCACUGCCACUGUUUAUGUAUACAUAUAUACAUAACAUGUCAUAAUCGAUAUAAAGAAUUUUUAAAAAGA